AUGUCUACAUCUGACGAAGAAUAUGAAGUAGAUCGAUUUGAAAGGAACGUAGAGGCGAUGACCAAAAUAAAGGAAGAGGGACCUAUUUACUACGACUGGUAUGACCAUAAAAAGAUUAAGAUAGCCAGGAAUAAAAGAAGAAGGACUCGGAAACAGCAACGAAAAGAGGCUGAGAAAAAGCGGAAAGAAAUGGAGCAAGCCAAUAAUGAAAAUGAAAAAGUAGUUAAAGCUUAUUGUGAAGUGAAUGAAAGAGGCAAUGUUAGUACAAUUAAUAAUGAAAACUCGAGAAGGUACUAUAAUCGGGAAAUCGACCGUGACAGAUGUAAGAAGAGAUCGACCUUACUAUACAGAAGACAUUCUUCGUACCGUGACUACAAAACUUCUUCGCGCAAAUGCUCUAGGUCUCCGUACAAGGGAGGAUGUUCGUACAGAGACGGUCAGACAUCUUUAUCGAGAAGGAAAUCUAGAAGCCCUUUAAGACGCGGUUAUUAA